AUGCAAUUCGGCCAGGGCGGGGGCGGGGCCGUCAGCGUGUGCAUGCCCGUCCGGUCCGGCCAAGAGUCUCCGCGGCUGCACCUCGGCAGCGUCCGUGUCGACUUCAUGGACACGCAUCCAGCAUACUGCACGGUAAACAAGUUUGCCUUCUGCUACGCCAAGUGCGAGGUUCUCCAGCGGAUGACGUCAAAGAUGCUGCGAGGCACUGCCGCCGUCGCCCUAGAGGCGGCGUGCUCAGAAACCGAAACGGGCGCCCAGCUGAUACUGGUCGUCUGCAAUGGAAUCGUCGUCGGCAGCGUCGGUGGAGAGACGGCUGCGACGCUCGCCGGCGCGAUUGCCGCGGGCGAGCUCGAUCUCGUGGGCGGCAACAGGGCACCCUCGUGGAGCGAGGCCGACUUUGACGUGUUUCUCCUCGGCCACCGCAGAGCGGGCGCCGCGUGCGAGUGGGCGGAGCGGCUGAGCGCGCGCUGCGAUGGCUUCGAGGCGCACGUCUGGGCCGAGAAGAGAGACUGCUCUAGCGGAACCUGCGAGUGCUGUUAG